AUGGCCACCGCCAACCCUUUCGAUAUCCUCGGAGACGAUGACAACGACGAUCCGUCGCAUCUGAUCUCUGUCCAACAGCAGAAGGUCGUCGCUAAGAAGCCAGCCCCUGCGGCCGCCGCAGCGGUGCCGGCAGCGGCGAAGCUUCCUACGAAGCCCGCCCCUCCGACCCUUGCUGGUGCGUUCCUCCGAUGGUUUUUCCAUGUACUGAACGGUCCCGCUGAUUUUUUAGCCUCUUUGGUGUUUUGAUUCGAGGCGAUGCGGCUAAUGUUAGGGUUUUGCUUGCUCGGUAUUCAGUCGCUUUUUUUCUGUGUGGCCGAAUGUAGAUUUCUCGUUUACGUGCUGAUUCGUUGUGUCAUUGAGAAGUGUGAUUUUACGCCUUAUCUAUUAGUCUUUGGUUGGUUACUGUAGCAAGGGAUGCCAGAGGCAGCACCGAGCCAGCACGAGGAGGUGGUAUUGGUGGUGGCCGAGGAGGACCGGGGCGUGGAAGGGGCCGUGGAGGCUUCCCCAGCCAGCAGAACAGGGAGUACGGUAAUGGUAAUGCGAACGGUUUUCCUGGAACAUAUGGCGGCGGUGGGGGCGGUGGCGGCGGGGGAGAAGAUGGCGAUGCGGAGAAGUCAGUUGACAGGGAGCGUGCAUCCUAUGGGGGACCACGUCAGCCCUACCGUGGUGGUCGCCGUGGUGGAUUUCGAGGAGGAGAGGUUGAAGGGGAUUCUGAACGCGCCCCAAGGAGACUUUAUGAACGUCGGAGUGGCACUGGCCGUGGCAGUGAGCUCAAGCGUGAGGGUUCUGGACGUGGCAAUUGGGGAACCCCAACUGACGAUGUGCUUCCACAGUUGGGUGUUUCUUCUCAUAACAGUUGGGUUUUUUAUUCCAUUUCAUAUUGUUUUUAAAAGAAUAACUCUCAUUGUUAAUUUAUUGGAGUAGGGAAGGUGAAGAAAUUGUGAACGUGGAAGGUAAGAAUGCCGAGAAGCAACUUGAGCAGGUAGAUGCGCCAGCAUCAGAUGCGAACAACGAAAACAAGGAGGGUGCCAAUGAGAAUGAAGAGAAGGAGCCAGAAGAUAAGGUAAGAUAUUAUUGCAUGAUGCCGUCAUCGUUUUUGUUAGAAUUUUUUUUUCCAGCAGAAGGUUAUCGCUAGUUUCCUACCAGCAGAAGGUUAUAGGGACAUUGAAGGUCCAUCCAUUAUUAGUGCUACUUUAAGCUCAAAUGUCAAUCUUUCAAGUGAAUUUUAUAAAUCCCCCAUAUAUGUAGGCAGUGAAAGGUUUGUUUUCAAUUAAUCCAGUUCUAAUCCUUUCAGUUAUUGGACAGGAUCUACAUUAGAUUAAAUUUACACUGCAUCAUUGAUUCUUCGAGAGUAAUCCAGUCCCCCGUCCAUUAUAGUCUACAUGUCACAUCUUAUUAGGUUGGCAAUUAAUCGUUGUUUGUGACAAUUAUUCUAGCAUUCACGCGCCGAAUUUUUGUGCUAAGAGGGUUUUGAUCAUAAGCGUCCAUGUUUGUUAAGUAGUCUCCGUUUGUUUUGCAGCUUAUAUGAUUUACAGAUCAUCAUUGGUUGUCUCUCGAUGUAUAAUGACUGGAAGAAAUUUCGGUACAGCAGUUGAUACCGUGGGGCCUUUUUUGUGACGAUUACCUCGUGACCGAAAUUCACUGCUAUGUUUGGUAUAGAACAGGAUGGCUUUGAUUUCAAUUUUUUUUUCAAGACUCUAACUGCUAGAAAACCGUCCUCUUUUGUUCCAAAAGUCAACGCAUAAUGGCAGUGGGCACGCUUUAAAGAGUUGCAAGGGGGAAGGUUGUUCUAUGCUGGUCUGCUACAGAGUCUUGUUUCUGAGAGACGCUUGUUUGCCCUUUUCGUUGGCUAAAAUCGUUGUUGCCCUCUAGAUAUCAACAUAUUAUCUUCGACUGUUUCUAUCGGGGACUGGAGAUAUUUGAGUUUUUUUCUGCAAUUAAUCAAUGCGGGCAGGGAUAGUUGACAGACAUUUACCAUUUGAUAUUAUUUAUUUAUUUUUAUGAGGAACUGGUAAUUAAGAGGACUCAAGGAUCGAUGAGUGCGGCUGUGGAGUGUUGGUUUCAUUUUAGAUGUAUCAUCCCUGGAAAUGUAAUUUUUCCCUUGUGGGAGGUCAGGAAUGAUAUCUGUUUCUUUUGCUCCGAUAGUGAUACCAACAAAUUUUGAUAGACACUCAAUACUUCUACUCCUAAUCCGAUCUGGACGAUUUCCAAUGAUCUCUAGCUGAUGUCUUCUACCGAGGUUCAAAGAUGCAUCUUAUUAUAUUUGAUACCCACCAGCAUUCGAUGUAAUUAUUUGGUUAUCUCGCUUGAAUGUGCCUGCAAACGAAAGUAGUUUAGUUGUAAGAAUAGUUGUCCCUCUUAUCCCGCUCUUUGAAUUACUUUCUUCAUCUGUGAGAUCGGGAGGGGGGGGCUCAGCUCAGCUAAAUUUUUAGUGAUCUUUUUCCCCGAGGAAAGAUUUUUCUCGUUAGAGCUUCAUGCGAGUGUUUGUAGAAGGUCAGUCUGUGAUAUUGAAGAUACGUUGAUCAGUGGCUCAAUCUUCCUUUCAUUUGCACCUGUUGAUUCCAACUUCUGUUAAUGUUUUGCGUAAUUAGGUGAAAAAACAUCGAUUAUUUUCCCUCUCGUCUGUUCUUCGUGAACCCGAAUUGCAUUAAUUGGUUCAAGUAUAUAUGAUACUGCUCGUUUCUCACCGAUUUAUGAUACCUAUGAUCAGGAGAUGACCCUGGAGGAGUACGAGAAAAUAAGGGAGGAGAAGCGGAAGGCUCUGUUGGCGCUCAAGGCCGAGGAGAGGAAGGUCGAGGUCGACAAGGAGCUCGAGGCGAUGCAGCAGCUCUCCCUCAAGAAGGGGAACGACGACAUCUUCAUCAAGCUGGUGAGUGAAAACCAGUUCCUUCCUUCCUUCACUAAUCCUUGAGUUUUUCUGUGCGUUUCCCCACUAAUCCUUGGCUAAUUAAUACAAACCCCUCCUAAAAGGGCUCCGACAAGGAUUCCAAGCGCAAGGAUGCGGAACGAGAUGAGAGAGCCAAGAAGGUACGUAUAUGAUGCAACCUUCUUCAUCCGCAGAACUCUCUGUGUGAGUUGUUUCCCUGAUAAUUAAUGGUUACUGCCCGAAAACAGUCGGUGAGCAUCAACCAGUUCUUGAAGCCGGCAGAGGGUGAGAGGUACUACAGCCCCAGGGGCCGCGGCGGGCGUGGCGGGCGCGGCGGGCGUGGCGGCGGCGGCGAGCGAGGGCCGUUCAGGGGCGGCGGCGACUUCGGCGGCGGUGGCGGCGGAGGCUUCGGCGCGGCGGCUCCGGCCAUCGACGACCCGGGGCACUUCCCCACGCUUGGAGGGAAGCAGUGA